UAUCCCGACUAUCUCCAAUAUCUCCGCUUUUAAUCCGCUGUUCGCCUCGCGCGAGUGUAGUGUGUGCGUGCUCACUGCAUCCGGGAUCCUUUAAGUAUACCUUCAAUUUCAAUUUCUUAAAAUAUGUAAAUAAACGUAGCGGUCGAGCGCUACAAAUCGGCGCGAAGUGUCGAUCUUCAAUUCCUUCCCGCUCAUUCGAUUCGUCAUCACGAUUUUCUCGUCGCGAUAAAAAAAAAUCGCGUAUUUAUUAACCGACACGAGCGAUAUGUCGGAGGUACGCAAAAGAACGAUCGGCGAUGCGUCGGCAACGACGCGGGACGUUAGCGACGAUCAGAAAGAAGAUGUUGAAUCUGAAGAUGAUGCAAAAUUGGAGGUAGAAGAAUUAGCAAAGACUUUGCCUCAAGGAACUGAUCAUACUCCACAUAUUUUAAGUUCUGUUCUUUCUGGUCUUCCAGAUCGUUGGCGGAAUUGGAUAAUUAGAACUAUUUUCACUUGGUUUAUGAUAGCUGGAUUUUGUCUUAUUAUUUAUGGAGGUCCAUUAGCAUUGAUGAUUACAACGUUGAUUGUGCAAGUGAAAUGCUUUGAAGAAAUUAUUAAUAUUGGAUACGCUGUAUAUAGAAUUCAUGGUCUACCAUGGUUCAGAUCUUUAUCAUGGUAUUUUUUGAUAACUUCCAAUUACUUUUUUUAUGGAGAGAAUUUAAUGGAUUAUUUUGCAGUGGUGAUUAAUCGAACUGGAUAUCUACGCGUACUUGUUACAUACCAUCGAUUUAUUUCCUUCUGUCUUUACAUUGUUGGUUUUGUAUGGUUUGUACUAUCACUCGUGAAAAAAUAUUAUAUGAAGCAAUUCUCUCUGUUUGCUUGGACACAUGUUGCAUUACUUAUUGUUGUGACACAGAGCUAUCUUAUUAUUCAAAAUAUAUUUGAGGGAUUGAUAUGGUUUAUUGUCCCUGUUAGUAUGAUUGUGAUAAAUGAUGUGAUGGCAUAUAUGUUUGGCUUCUUUUUUGGACGAACACCAUUAAUAAAAUUAUCUCCAAAAAAAACUUGGGAAGGCUUUAUUGGAGGUGGUAUCUCGACUGUCAUACUUGGAUUAAUGAUGUCUUAUGUCAUGUGCCAGUAUCGUUAUUUUGUUUGUCCUAUCGAAUACAGUGAAGCUUUAGGAAGAAUGACUAUGGAUUGCGAACCAUCAAGUUUAUUCCAACCGCAAGAGUAUACAUUGCCAAGCAGUCUUCAAGUAAUAUCAAGAAUGUUCAACGGAAAGUCCACUUUGACAUUAUAUCCAUUCCUUCUGCAUUCGUUAUCAAUGUCAGUAUUCAGCUCUGUAAUUGGGCCAUUUGGAGGAUUCUUUGCUAGUGGAUUUAAACGGGCGUUUAAAAUUAAGGAUUUCGGUGAUGUAAUUCCUGGUCAUGGUGGAAUAAUGGACAGAUUUGAUUGUCAGUAUUUAAUGGCAACAUUUGUGAACGUCUAUAUUUCUUCAUUUAUUCAUACUGCAUCACCUCAGAAAUUAUUGCAGCAGGUUUACAGUUUGAAACCAGAGCAACAGAUGCAACUUUUCCAAACACUAAAAGAUUCAUUGGCGAAUAGGGGUAUGCUAACUAAUUAAUAUUUUAAGUUAAAAAUGUAUUUAAUGGCAAAACUGCUGCAGGGAUUAUUUUUAUCUAUUAAAAAAAUGUUAGAAAAGAUUCUCCAACAUCUUUUCUAAUAUUUAACAAAAUAUUAUAUGCAAUGACAAUGCAAACACAGUAUCAAAUAAUUACAAUAAUUUGUUAAACUAUAAUAAUUGAAGUUUAUUUUGUAAUUAUAGACAAAUAAGAAUAAUAUAUCACAAUAUGGUAAGCCUGUCUAAUUGAAAUCAAUAUAGCCAGGGAUGAGAGGUAAUAUAUAUUUUUCCCUUAUCUCAUUUUUUAUCAAAAAUGAAGUUGAUGCAUUUUGAUAUAUUAAGAAAGGAGCCUUUUUCUAUUACAUUUGAUCUUCCUUGGAAUUUAAUAUUAUUAAGAGUCAUUUGUUUAUAGCAGAACAUGAGAUGCACAAAUACUUAAAUAAGUUAAAAUUGCACGAUGUGUAAACUUAAUUAAUUCUGGCUUAUAGUAAUCAGUUGGAUAGGUUUAUCAUAAUUUUAAUUGUAUUUUUCGUGCAUUCCACAGAUAAUUAAAUUUUUGUCAAAUGCAGUGGUUUAUAUUAAACUAUGGCAUUAUUGGAAAUAUGACUAAUAUGUUUAUCUAAAAAAAUUGAACCAAAGAAAAUCGCACAGUAAAAAAAUUCUGUUGUACACAGCAGCAUUUCUAUAAAAUUUCUAUCUAAUUUUCUAAAACAUCUGCUUAUCGCUAUUGAUUAUUACAAGAUGAUAAUUAAGAAUGCUAUUAUGUACUCUGCUUAAAUCAGAUAUCUUCACUUGUAAUAAGCAGAUCUCAACAUAAUUUAUAUUUGUAAUUGUGCAUUUAAAAUUUGAUAUAAUAGAAACGAAUCUCGUUUAUAUAUAUGCAUACAUUUUUUUUUUUAGCUAGAGCUGACAUAUAAAAAUAUUAACAAUUUUUUGUUUUAAUUAAAUGUAUCCUUUUUAAAAUUUUAAUGUUUAUUGCUAUGUGUAAAAAGAAAUUCGACACUAACAUAAUUUGUAUGUUGUAUAUAGAUAGUAUUGUUGAUGUUAUUAGGUAAACGGUUCUAUUUAGAAGUUUAGUAUUAUGCUUUCUUCUCUUCUUGUAUUAGAUAUAGCAUUCAAAAUUAAUUUAGGGACAAGAAAAUAAAAACUAAUUGUUACAUCUUGUUAUUUGAAUUCGCAAAUUUAUCUUGCCUGUUAUUAUCAUUGAAACAUUAAUACAGAUACCUAAAAACGAGACAGAUAAUAGUAUUGACUGUUGCAUUCAAAAUAAGAUCUCAAAAGUUUUCUGCCUCAAACAUAAAUACAAGUAUUUGCAUAGCCCAAAGUCUAUAUAAAUGCAACAUGUCUUGCCAAUCCGUAAGAAUGAAUGGUAUUUAUGAAUUGUUGUAUUGACUGCAUAAAUCAUUUAGUUAUUGUUUUCGUAAUUGUAUAGUACUUAUGUUGUAAACAUAAUGCUAAACUUCACAAUAUUGAGUUAUAUGAUAUUUUAUAUAUAUACAUAUAUGUAUAAUAAUCAGCAUAUAUAUAUAUAGAGAGAAAGAUUAUAUAUAAAUGAUUAUUCAGACAGAAUCAAUCUACGUCUAUUAAUCAUCUUUUUUCCACUAGCUGGAAAAUAAAAUAAAAAACUAAUGAAAAUAGAUUUUUGUGUCUGCCAUAUUUGUGUUAGUAUGGUGAACAUACAAAUCUUUAUGGUGUAUAAUUGAUAAAGAUAUGGUCAGGCUACCAUAAUUAAAUAUUCUACCUUGUCAUGCAAUACAUGAAAAAAUACAAAGAGAUAUUGAUUGAGAAAUGGUCUUAAGAAAGAAUGUUUUUGAUGGAUGUUGAAAUUAUUUUACUAUGCAUCAAAAAUUAAUUUUAAUAUUAUCCAUAAUUGUGCCAAUCAUGUUUAAGAGAAAAAGAGAUAAGUAUUCUUACAUAAAUUAUAUGUACUGAAUUGAUAUGGCACAAUUUAAAGUAGCUUUCUGUGAUUUAAUUAUUAUAAAUUAUUAUAAGUAUGUUUUGUAUUGCUGAAAUACACUUGCGGAUCUCUAAAUAUAAUUCUUUGCUAGGAAUAGCGCGCAUUCAAUAAAUUUGUAAUUUAUUUGUAAUGUAAUUAAAUAAUUUUUAAUUUA